UGCAAUUGUUUCAGAACUCAGAACUCUAAGCUACUCAAAAACAUCAGCCUUAUGGUUGAUUCACAGAUUGGCGGUUGCUGAGAGCAACAUGGACAAGCUCUUAGCUGCCAGGCAGUGCCUAAAAGACAGUCUUGAGAAAUCAAAUUCUUUGGCUUCUCAGAUAGAUGAAACCAAGUCAAGGUUACAGAAGAUAAAUGGUAACUUACCGUUGUUAUCAACUGAGCUUCGUUCUACUUACUCUCGAAAAUCCACAUUUUCUGCAGUGGGAGAGCAUGUGGACAGGGCCUUUGGACCUGUAGCGGCUGUUUUGAAGAUACAUGAAUCUGUUUGUGGCCUUGAGAGGUCGCUCAUGGAAGGCCCUCUAGGUGGUGAUAUUACGGGGUAUUUGUUAGUAGUGAAGCAAUUUGAAGAGGCACUGAUGUUUCUGUCUGACAACUGUGGGCUAGCAGGGCAGUGGAUGGAGGAUAUAGUGAAGCUCUUGGAUGAAAAUGUAAUGGCUGAUGAAAAGUACAUAUUGAAUGUGAAGAGGUCAUUGAGGGUUCUUUCGGAACUCAAGGACAUGGAGGCGCAUGCUAGGCUCAACGGAGGACUUUUAAGCAAUGCAUUUAACACAUUAGAGCUCACGUUCAGGAAUUUAGUGAAGGAGAAUUCUAGUAACAACGCCUCAUUCACAGAGCUGCAGGUUCACAAACUUCAAAUCAUUAUCGAAAGGUUAAAAGCACAUGAUAGGCUUGAGAACUGCAUGGCUAUCUUUGUUGAUGUAAGGAGCUCAAAUGCAAGGGCAGCUUUACAAGCCCUUAAUUUGAGCUACCUUGAAGAAGAAAUCUCUGAAUCAGAUUCUAUUCAGAAAUUUGAAGACCAUACAGUUCAAUGGGGUAAGCAUUUGGAGUUUGCUGUAAAGCAUAUACUUCAAGUUGAGUAUGAUAUUUGCAAGACAGUCUUUGAGAAGUUUGGUUCAGAGAUUUCUCUAGGAUGCUUUGCAAAAAUCACAGUUCAAUCAGGAUUCUUAGAACUACUCAAAUUUGGCAGUAGGAUUACUGAGGCCAAAAAAGAUGCAAUCAAGCUUCUGAAGUUGCUUGACAUAUUUGCAGUCUUGGACAACCUGAGGGCAGAUUUCAACAUGCUGUUUGGCUCAAAAGCAUGCCUAGAGAUUCAAAAUCUUACGCGAGACCUCAUCAAGCAGGUAGUUGAGGGUGCGUGUGAGAUAUUUAAGGAACUCUCCCAUCAAGUUGAGGCCCAAAGGUACAACAUGAUGCCUCCUUCAGAUGGUAGUGUCCCUCGGUUGGUAACCUUUGUAACUAACUACUGCGUUAUGCUCCUAGAGGACAAUCACAAGCCAAUUCUCUCAAAAGUCCUCUCCAUCCAUCAAAUUUGGAACAAGAAAAAAUCCCACAAUGGAAUUCUGAGAAACGAGUUCCAAAACAUACUAGAUUCCUUGGAGGUCAACCUAGAGACAUGGUCAAAGACCUUUGAGGACACUGCACUGUCCUACUUUUUCCUUAUGAACAAUUACAUAUACCUGUAUGACUUCUUCAAGGGAACAGUAUUCGGCGAUCUCAUGGGAGAAAAGUUGCUACAUGAGCACAAGCGAAAAAUGCAAAUCUAUGCUCAAGCAUACUUAAAACAUAGCUGGGGAAAGCUUCCUGCUAUACUAAGUGAAGAUGAACUAAUACUAUUUUCCCUAGGUACAAAUACUCAAGAACUAGUGAAGAAAAGGUUUCGAGAUUUUAAUGAAGCAUUUGAGGACAUGUACAGGAAGCAAUCCGAGUGGGUGGUAGCAGACAAUGCAUUACGCGAUAAGGCAUGUCAACUCAUAGUUCAUACAAUUGUUCCAACUUACAGGUCUUAUGUUCAUAAUUAUAGUUACCUAGUAGAAAAUGAGUCUAGUCCUAGUAAAUAUGUUAAGUACUCUGCAUCAAGCUUGGAGGCUAUGCUUAGCUCUUUGUUCCAGCUUAACAUAACCAAAUUUGGUCGUAGUAACAGCUUAAAAUCGAACCAUUUGAUUGGGAAACUGCGAAAUGCUGUUGCUAAUCAGUUUCGUGUUGCUCCGAUCAGUACAUGAUCUGUUGUAUAUACAGCUUUUCUGUUUUCUGAUGUAGUUCAGUCUAGUCUGAAAUGCAUAUUCUGAUGUCUUUGUACAUAAUUUGGUUAAAUAUAAAUUCAGCUUCAUUUUGUCUACACCACCUUCCUUUGAGAAAGUAUAAUCCCAUCUUAGAGAGUGUAUAAGGCUAAGUUCUAAAACCUUCUAUAUCAUCAGGGUAUGCUAAAAAUAAACACAUCAUUUUCUGAAAGUUUAUCUUAAAUAAACACAACUAUGGUUGGUCAAAAGAACAAGUAGAAAUAUGUGGAGUAUAUAUAAAUGUAUAAAUAAUUAGUAUCAAUUUUUUCAUACCAAAAAAAAUAAAAUAAAAAGGGAACUAGGAGGAAAUGGGGAGUUCAAACAUACUUAGAAUAUUUUCUCUGUUUCAAACUGAAUUGUUCUUACUUUCUAG